ACGUCAGGUACGCGCAUGCGUGGACUGAUCGGGUGAUAAAGCAAGAUGGCGUCUGACGGAGAAGUCCUAAACGCGGGCAUUAUAUUUCUGUAUUCUUACAUAUAUGUUGUUUAAUAGAGUACACACGGUUAAUAAUUGUUUGUAGCCGGAUACAUUAGUCUGAGCGCAUUUUGACACUUCUCCUGUUUGCUAGCUUCACUUAAGAUAGCUUGCAGCUUGUUUAGCUAGCUAAUUAGCUUAGCUUGUUAGCUGCUAAACAAGAGACGCGGAAGUUAUUUAAAUAUCGCUAAGUAGGGAAUUAAUGUGAGUGUAAAGUGUUGUGAUUGUGUGAAAAUGUGCGAAAGAACGAUGGCAAAGUAUGAGGAGGAACUUUGGCCAACAAAAGAGAAGGAGCGACAACAUCAACUACUGGAUGUUUAUUAUAAGAAACAUCAUCAAGUUGUGUUACACAGAACAGGGCUCAAAGCUAAAAGAAUUGCACUUUCCAAACCACAGCACUCGCAGUGAGAGAACUCGACCACAAGAUGGCGGCAUAGCAGAGUCAACAAUACAGAAUGCAGAUUUACACUAUGUCUGUGAAGAACAAUGUCUGCCUGAAAAACAGGAGUGUAGCUUCAGGAUGGUGAAAGAGGAUCCUUCAAAAAGGACGACUAGGUGCCACGGACCCCUUGGCAUCUCCUUUUCCUCUUUGACACAGACCCUUUCCUGUAAAAAGGAAGAGGAAGAGGAAGACUCACUGACCCCCCACAUUAAAGAGGAAGCGAUGGAACACAACAUCAGUCAGGAGGGAGCUCAUAUAGAAGGACUGGUGGAGUUCCCAGUGACUGGUGUCCCUGUGAAGAGUGAAGAUGAUGAGGUCAAAGGUGAAAGUGAGGAGAGGGGAGGGGGGGAGCCUCCAAGCAGCAGCUCAACACAACACAUGACAACAGAAGCUGAUGGAGACCACUGUGGAGGAUCACAAGCAGACAAGCUCUUAGCUCCACUAUCAGAUAGUGAGGACACAACGUCACACUCUCCUGACACUGAUGAUGAAGACUCUAAAGAUGAUAAGACAUGUCACACUGACAACACUCACUUCACAUGUUCUCACUGUGACAAAACCUUUAAAUACCAUUGUCAUCUGAAAGUACACACGAGAAUACACACUGGAGAAAAACCUUUUCUCUGUUCAAUCUGUGGCAAAAGUUUUGUACAAAGUCCCCAUUUGAAAGUACACAUGAGAACACAUACUGGUGAAAAACCUUUUUCUUGCUCAGUAUGUGGUAAAGAUUUUGUUCUAAGUAUACACUUGAAAGUACAUAUGAGAGCACACACGGGUGAAAAACCUUUUGUCUGUUCAAUCUGUGGUAAAGGUUUUACACAAAGUAACACUUUAAAAGAACACAUAUCAACACACACUGGUGAAAAACCUUUUGUCUGUUCAACCUGUGGUAAAGGUUUUACACGAAGUCAAUAUUUGAAAGUACACAUGAGAACACACACUGGUGAAAAACCUUUUUCCUGUUCAAUCUGUGGUAAAGGUUUUAAAGAAAGUCGACAUUUGAAAAGACACAAAAGAACACACACUGGUGAAAAAUCACAUUCCUGUUCAAUCUGCAACAGAAGCUUUGGUGACCGAUCAAACCUUGUAGCACACAUGAGAAGACACAUAGGAGAGAAAGUGUAGAGUUGCAGUGUGUGUGGUGAAAGAUUCUCUUCUAAGUACCAAUGUAAGAAACACAAGUGUGCUGGUGAGAACAGCAGCAGCAAAUGAAACUGCAGGAUUUGAAAUAAACUGUCCAGACUUUAAUGUUGACCUUCUAACAACAUCAGCACAUAUAACAUGUGUGACAUUUUUGUUUGUGUAAGCACCAUUAAUUUUUAAUAUCCCUCUACAUUUAUAUAUUAGAUAUUUUGUAUUAGUGUUUUUUUCAGUCAAGCACAUGCAUUAAUGUGCAACAUUGUGUACUUGUAUAAAAAAUGGACUGAACAAUUUGAGUAAAAGGGUGAGAGUAAA